AUGUGCAAGUUUUUCCCAGCCAGUCUAGAAGGCGAGGCGAAGAAUUGGUUCUAUACUUUUCCCGAUGAGUCCAUUGGAAAUUAUGGCGUCCUAGUGGAAACAUUUCUUAAAACAUACAUGCAUAACAACAUUUCUCGCCCAAGGGUGAAUAAACUUUUCACACUGGCACGAAGGUUCAGGGAACCCUUAAGAUCUCUAACGGACAGAUUGAGGAAGCUGUACACCGAUAUCGGAAAGGUACCAGUCGACCAGCAGAUUUUCGGGUUCGAAAAUUCAUUAGGAAAGUCUGACCCUAUUUGGAUAGCAAUGUAUACUGAGAAACCGCAGACAUUAAGGGAGAUGAGGAAAAUGCAAGAGCAUUACAUCGCAUUAGAGGAGAUACAAGAGGGGGCGCAGGAUAGAGGAGUACAAGAAGCCAGCGCGUCGGUGGAACCUGUUCCUCGCGAGGACCAAACACGAUCAGAAAAAAGGCCGAUGGCACCACAACAAAGCUCGGGCAAGAAGGAAUGGGUCGAGAAAGGAAAGAAACCUCGUCAUGAACCAAGACCGUACACGCCUCUGAAUGCACCAUUAGAGGAAAUAUUCAAGGAAGUAGAAAAGCGAAACGACAUCAGAUACCCAAAGACUAGGGGAAUCCAGUUUGACGAGACAAGAAACCAUCCCGAGUUUUGUCAUUACCACCAGUACCGAGGCCACUCGACUAACAACUGCCGAGAGCUGUAUAUUCAACAAAAUGAGGAAAGGCGGUCAAGACAGCGCCGAGAAAAGAACAAAGCUAAGGAGGCUAAAGCAGCGGAAGAGUUAGAGAAGUUUGAUAUCUUCUAUGAGAUGAGAACAACAUUAAAGGCACAGGCAGUGGCCGACUUUCUGGAAGACUUCCCUUUAGACGAUGAGGAAGAAGUUGAAGAUAUUCCGAUCAUGGAAUAA